UGCAACUCGUCGGUACCAACCCACACCGGGUGACUAACAUUGGCUUCACUACCCUCAACGAAUGCGUUGUUGCAGAUUACUCAACCAAACCAAAUUGAAGAAGAAGAAAUCCAGAAACAGAGAAAAUGGGAAAAAUUCCGGCAUCUCUCCGAUCAUCAGCAAUUCCUGUAACUCAACUUCUCAAAAACCCUCCUCAAACUCAAUCUUCUAAACCCCUUCCUCCUUCCUAUUUCUCUUCCAAGAAAAAACCCAAAUCCUUCAAAUCCCUAAAACCCUCCUUAAACCCUAAUUCCCAAUCUCAUCCUAUCUCUCUCAUCACUUCCCCAAUUCUCUCCGAUGCUAAAACCCUAAUUAAUUCCCUCGUUUCCAACCUCAAUUCUCCAGUCGAUCUUCAAUUUCACAAUUCCCUUCUUCAUUCUUACUCCUCCAUAUCCAAUUUAGAAGAUGCUUUCUCUCUCUUCACCUACAUGCUCAAAACCCUCCCUUCUUUCUCCCCUGAUCAUUCCACCUUCCACAUUUUGCUUUCUUCAACCUGCAAUUCCAAUUCAAAUGAUUCCCCUCUUUCUCAUCUUCGCCGGGUUGUCGAUUUUAUGGUUUUUCAUGGCUGCCUGCCUCAUCCGGCUACUAUCGAUGUCGCUGUUCGGGGACUUUGCGUAUCCGGCCACGCUGAGGAUGCUGUAAAAUUGGUCUCUGAAUUGCAUUGUAAGAAUUCUGUGACUCCUGAUCACUAUACUUAUAAUUUUCUUGUUAAGCACUUGUGUAAGACUAGGUCAAUGACCAUGGUUUACAAUGUGAUUAGUGAGUUGCAGGGUUCAGUUGGAUUGAAACCGAAUUUGUAUACUUAUACUAUAUUGAUUGAUAAUGUGUGUAAUAGUAGGAAUCUUCGUGAGGCGACUCGGUUAUUGAGUGAGCUUAGUGAGAAUGGUUUUAAGCCUGAUUGUUAUGUUUAUAAUACUAUUAUGAAAGGGUAUUGUACCUUGAGUCUUGGUAAUGAAGUUCUCAGGGUGUAUAAGAAGAUGAUAGAGGAAGGGGUGGAACCUGAUAUUGUGACUUAUAACACACUGAUUUUUGGGUUGUCGAAAUCGGGGAGGGUUAAGGAGGCUAGAAAAUACUUGGAUGUUAUGGCAGAGAUGGGACUUUUUCCUGAUGCCGUCACUUAUACUUCAUUGAUGAAUGGGAUGUGUAGAGAAGGUGAUGCCGUAGGGGCUAUGAGAUUGCUUGGUGAGAUGGAAGCUAAGGGUUGUAGCCCGAAUGCUUGCACCUAUAACACAUUGCUUCAUGGAUUGUGUAAAUCGAGGUUGUUGGACAAGGGGAUGGAAUUGUAUGGGGUGAUGAAAUCGGGAGGUGUGAAACUUGAGACAGCUUCUUAUGCUACUUUCUUGAGAGCAUUAUGUAGAGAAGGCAGAGCUGCAGAGGCUUACGAGGUUUUCGAUUAUGCUGUUGAGAGUAAAAGUUUGACUGAUUUUGCUGCCUACUCGACAUUGGAAAGUACAUUGAAAUGGUUGAAGAAAACUAGAGAAAAAGGGCUGGCUGUUUGACGGGUUGGGGAUCUUAUAUGAAAGUUGCUAAUGGCUGGGACGUCUAUGAAGCACAAGAUCACUGAGAGCUUCACAUUUCAACGUUCCUGAUAUGAGUAAUGUCUCGAAACGCCAGUAAACAGGAGCCAAACACAACCUUCCCACAUGGAAUGUUUCCAAUGAAGCUGCUCAAGACACAAUUUGACAUGUGUGAAGUCCUUAUGUGCGUGUUUUCACCCCCAAAGUCUUCCAGAGAAAGGGGGAAAAUAUUGAAAACCCCAUCUGUGCCAACCAAAUGGGAUAUUAUCUCUCUUCUGCCUUCUCAGAUCUCGGAUUUCACCGGCAAACCUCAGUACCAGCUUACAGGCGACUCAUUAACCACUGGAGUCAGAGGAUCUUAGCCUUUCUACGCAUUGAAUUUCACAGACUACCCAUCUCUUUGUUGGCGGAUUAUCAAUUUUUCCAAUUUUUUUUCAAAUGCUUCUCUACAUUCUUGGCCUCUUCUCAUAUUUUGUUUUGAUAAAAUCUUAUAUACGCCUAGUUGUGGGCAUUGGGACAUGUACAAGUUGUAGCCUUGUAGGCUUGUAGCUAAGAGUAUAGAGCUUCAUGGUUCGUAGCUUGCAAUAUAGUGUUCACAUAAAUGGACAAGGAGCAAGAAUGUAUGAUGGACUUGGGAACACCAAGCAUGGACCCAAGACAUAUCAUUUUGCUAUAGAUGAAGAAACUUUUGUCAUUCAUCAUUUGGGUCUCAAACAAAUUUAUUUUUGAACUGAUGAGUACGAGAUUCGACAAUUAA